UUAUGCUUUGAUGAUGGCAUUCGUGUGUUUGUUUUUAUUAAUUUGCUAACAAAUGCAUCGCAAAAUCAGAUUAUACAAUUCGUUCUAUGGGCUGUGCAGCGUUGAUAGCUGAACAAAUCUGUGUUCUCAAAAUUAAUUUCAUGCAUGCCGAUUGUGUAUUACUCCUCCCACAAAGUGGUGCGUGGCUUAAUUGAACGAGCACGUGAACGAGCUCGAACAAAUGUGUAGCAAAGAUCGCGCGCGGCAUUUGUAUGAAAAUUGUCUGAAUCACGGGUAAAAGCGAACAUAUCAGAAAUGGGUCUAUCGAAUGAGCGGAGAACAGAAAGUGUGCAUGUGUGACAAGCGAUCAACGAUCGAGAAAAACGACUUCAAACGUUCGGCGUAGCACCAAAACGAAAACAGAAGUCAAACUAAAACAGAGACGAGAUGUAAAUGUGAAAAAAGGAAGGAGGAUCGCUGUGGUUGCACAGCGUUGUUAGCACCACCAAAGUCUCUCAAGAUCAACAUCAACAGCACUUCAACAUAAUUUCAGUAGUCAGUUGACUAGCGUUUGAUUAAGUCAAAAACCAUUCAUUUUAAUUUGGUUAAUUUAGUCAAAAAAAGAAUUCCAUUCAAAACGCAUCGAUCUUCGUCGUUUUUUCUCUGAUUUGUUUUUAUAAUCAACUCGUGCGAUUUCAUUGAACUGAGGCGAAAAAGUGCGUAUAACAGUAUUUGUGUUUUUUUUUUGUUGCUAUUCCACGUGUCGCGCGUGUUUGUAGAUUUAUUCCGAAUUUUUGUGUGUGCCCAUCAAAAUUGGCAACGCUAAUUCAAUUAAGAGUAGUAUUUUCGGUGGCACACACCUCGUAAUUUAAUUAAGCUGCGAACAAAUUUGGUGGAUGCUUUUCAAUUACGCCAUUGAAUUCGAAUUCAAGAACCGAACGAAAAAGUGCAAAUCGGAGAAAUGUUGAAUUUUAAUGCGAUUGAUACGAACCCAAACACAUCGUUUUCCCAUUCGCUACACGGUGCAAAUUUCAGCGAAGCGCCGGCAAUGGUUUCAUCAUCGCCGUCAAAUCAACAGCAUCAUCACCAUUCGACACAGGCACAGCAGAUCAAUUUGAAUUAUCUUGGCGCAAACACAAGUGGCAAUCAAACCAGCUGGACGCAUUCGGAUUCCGUUCAUAACACAUCAAAUUCAACGAUCGAUGACAAUUGCAAUCGGAGUAACAACAACAACAAUUUGCCAAAUCCAAGUGAAACUACCCGUGAUGUUCAACAUCAAAAGGAUUAUUUGCAAACGGUUAUCGGUGCUGACGAUUCAGACGGUCGAUCGACUUUGAACAUGGGCAAUUUUCUGCAACAAAAAGGUUCGGAAAAUGUUAAACGAUUCUCAGUUAACAAUUUACUACAAUUGGCCAAUAACUGUCGGGCAUUAGUCGAUGAACAUCGACUAUCCUCCGAAGAGACGUAUGCAAGCGAUCAUUUGAACGAAACAUCGUCCAAUAGUUGCAUGGUGAAUUCAACGAAAAAACCACGACGUAAUCGAACAACAUUUACUAGUGGCCAAUUGAAUGCAUUGGAAAAGAUUUUCGAGCGCACACACUAUCCGGAUGCAUUUGUGCGGGAGGAGUUGGCUUCGAAAGUCGGUCUGAGUGAGGCUAGAGUGCAGGUGUGGUUUCAGAAUAGACGUGCGAAAUUCCGUCGCAACGAACGUUCGUCGACGUCAAAUCGUUCGUUGGUUUCACAAUCGCCGGGGCAACCAGUGCCAGUUAUUGCACACAAUCAACACAAGGUCAUGGAUAAAACACAUUUUCCAACAUCGUCACCAAUCGAUGGCAUUCCAAUUGCACCGGCAACGCAUUAUUCACUUGGUUUCACGAGUUUGGGUGUAUUUAGUACGGCCGCAGCUGUUGCCGCUGCCAAUUCAACGAAAAAUGCGAAUUUCAACUACGCCAACUCGUACAAUCCAUAUCAUGCGGUGGCUCCAGCUGAAAAUAAUCCUUAUCUUGCCAGCAACUACUGUCAACCGAACUAUAACAAUUUUGCGUCGUUUCGAUACAAAGCACAAGCCGUUCCACCGCCACCAACACACGGAUACUCGGCCAUUUAGCAUAGAUGAGCCGAGUGCAUUAUGCGUUAGUUACGGACUUAUUUUUUAAGCUGAAAUAAAGGAUGUCUAACGAAGUAAUAUUCAGUUAAGAGACAAUUUCGAAUUUUGCUAUUUAAAACAAAAGCGACUGACUGCCGAAGAAGACAAAUAAAAAAACCAUUGGAAUUGAUUU